GACUACGGCGCCGAUAAUUCCACCACAUCACCCAACGAAAUCCCUCAAAUACCACCUCCACGAUGUCGGCCAACAAGCGCGGCGGUACUUCUGGUCAGAAGCUGAAGAUGACCCUCGGUCUUCCAGUUGGUGCAGUCAUGAACUGCUGCGACAACUCGGGCGCUCGUAACCUCUACAUCAUCUCCGUCAAGGGCUUCGGUGCCCGUCUCAACCGUCUGCCCGCCGCAGGUGUCGGUGACAUGGUCAUGGCCACCGUCAAGAAGGGAAAGCCAGAGCUGCGCAAGAAGGUCAUGCCUGCUGUUAUUGUGCGUCAGAGCAAGCCAUGGAGGAGAGCCGACGGCAUCUACCUCUACUUCGAGGACAACGCUGGUGUCAUUGUGAACCCUAAGGGUGAGAUGAAGGGUUCAGCCAUCACUGGGCCUGUGGGUAAGGAGGCUGCCGAGCUUUGGCCGCGUAUUGCCUCCAACGCUGGAGUUGUGAUGUAAACGGGUCUUUUGCUGCUGGGAUGCUUUAAGGAAUGGAAAUGUCAUGCAUGGGAACAAGCAGGCGCUGCAAGAGACAGCCGCGAGUUAGGCCACCCUGCAUUACGGCGCUAUGAUUGGCACAGGUUCCUGGUCUCACAUACAGAUCACGCUUCACGAGUUUCAAAUAGCACGCCGCUUCACAUUUUCCACAAAGCUGUUUGCUGGGUUCUAUUCAGGGUGCUCUUUUUGCCCUGAAGGUCAACAGUCAACACAUGGGAGGAUCCAUUGUCACAAGUCAAUGAUAAAAAAAAUACCUACUUGAACCACCAGCCCUGCCAUCUUUUGUCUGCCGCGCUGACUCCGUGCUCCGACAUAGACAGCCUUAUUCGAGUGACGCGAGACAUC